ACUAUUUAAUGAACAGAUACAAGUACAGUAAUGAUGCAUAAGAGUCCCUGUUUAGUGUGUUAAACCGGUUUAUCCUGACAGACCACUGCAUUAAUGUGCUUUCUGUAGGUUAGUCUCACUACACAUCACACGGGAAGAGACAAUGGCAUCCCCAGACGAGAAAGUUGCGUUUGUCAGCAAUCUGAACGGCACGAGCCUGACGGAGGUCUCUCUGGGAUCCUUCUUAGCCCCGCUGUGUUUCCUCAGUCGAGGUCUUUUCCUGAUCGUUUUCCACCUGGGAAACGGGAUUCUCCCGUUAUCCCGUGCAUCCCAUCUCCUGUUGGACUUCACAUCUCUAAUAAUGCCUUUGGUCCUGUCGUGCACCGCGUUAAGCGACAUCCUUCACUUUGUGAUCGUGGGCAUUGCUGUGGUCGACUCCGUUGUCCUGUACCUCGUGUACAAGAACGGAAAGCGAGGUUCCUUCUCCGACACGAUGGACAAGUUCGUGAAAAGCAGAGUCGAAUCAAACCAAGUCCCGUUUGUCACCGUGUUCCGCGUCCUAGUCAACGUGAAGACCGCCAUAAGCAUCCUAGCUGUGGAUUUCAGCGUGUUCCCAAGACGUUACGCGAAAACAGAGACGUAUGGAACGGGGGUGAUGGAUUUCGGUGUGGGCGCGUAUGUGAUCGCCAAUGCUUUGGUGUGUCCCGAAGCAAGAGGAAAGACGAUACGAGGAUCGAAGAUCAGUCAGUUUGUUUCGGUCUGGCCUUUGGUCCUGUUAGGGUUCGUGAGGCUUGCAAGCGUUAAAUCAUCCGGCUAUCACGAACAUGUGACGGAGUAUGGGGUUCACUGGAACUUUUUCUUCACGUUAGCCAUCGUCAGGCUGGUGGCGUCCGCACUUCUGGCUCUCUUCCCGGUGAACUCCUCGGGGAUUCUUGCUGUGUUCAUUGGGGGAACGUACCAGGUUAUCUUGGAAACAACAAGUCUGAAGGCCUUUCUCGUUCACGGUGGUAAUCGCAGCGGGUUUCUGGAGGAAAACAAAGAGGGGAUCUUCUCAGUCGUGGGUUACAUUGCCAUCUACAUGGCUGGGGUUCAGAUUGGACAUUACCUCAUGCAAAGCAGAGCUUUAGUUCAAGACUGGAUCCGAGUGACCCGUAACCUUCUGUUGACUAGCCUCGGCUUGUUUUUGGCUUUACACGUGUGCCAGAGAAGCAUCGAGCCGGUUUCACGCAGAAUGGCUAAUCUUUCCUUCUGCGUUUGGACUGUAGCGCAAGCCAUGUUCUUUCUGUCAUGUUUAAGCAUUGCUGAUUUAGUGUUACUGUUUUCUAAAGUCAUUUCUAAUUUUUCACUUGUGUCUGCAUCGUGGUGUCCACAUCCCAAGAAAAUCAGAAAUAAUAUGGAUGCAUUAUGCCUCAUACAGUCUGUUAACCGGAACCAGUUGUUAUAUUUCCUGCUGGCGAAUGUCAUGACGGGUUUGACCAACGUGUUCGUAGACACUCUGAAGGCCAGUGAUGCUGUAGGCGUGAGUGUUUUGCUCCUGUAUAUGUUCACGAACAGCUUGGUCAUAUUCAUUUUGCAUGUUAAUAAAAUAACCAUUAAGUUCUGGUAAACACCUUUAUUUUAAGCUUGGAUCUCUGUGUGCAAAAACGUUGUAAAUAUGAUGUUACUAUAUGUGUAAUCUGUGUUAUUUAUCAAAUAUUAAAGAAGUUUUCAUGGCAGUAUUAGAUGCACAUAACGUGGACAUCACAUCACAUCAGAGAUUUAGAUUUUUGUCUUUUUAUGUGCUCUAAUUGGCCAAUAUUUCUUUUAUCGCAGUUUUUUUUAAUAAUGGAUUUAAAAUAUUCCAUUCCAGACUUUUAUUUAAUGGUACCAGGUUGUAAAGUUGCAUGCAUAA